ACGAGCUUCCUGCGUUCAAUCAUAACAGAGUCAGACCGCGCUAGUCCUCCGUUUCUGUAAUUGCGUAACUUGUUCGCUGGAGUUUGGAUUGCAUGGUGUAACUGUUGUAAUGCUGAGCUGCCUGCGAUGGCGGGGGUAAUUCGAGAUCAGUGUGGCCCCGGCAUCCCGGAGCAGUGAAACCAGCGUGGGGUGCGUACCCACGGCGAGAGACACCGCUGGCUGAGCGGGCCCUCGUUCCGCUGUCUCUCAGGAGACCCAGAGCCACACGGGGCUCUGCUCAUUGUCCCUGCAUCCCCAGCGACAGCCCCGCAGAGGCCUAGAGCCAGGGGGCCAAGCUGAGCCGACUACAAAGAGCUGACGCAUAACGGCCUGCUGAAGGCGAAGUGGCUCUUCUGACUCGCACUCAUCACUAAGAGUGUGCAGGCACACCGAAGAAAGAGGAUGGGCUAUGACCUCGAGCGCUUCGUGGGCUACGUGAACGAGGGCCUGCUGUGCUGCGUGUGCCGGGAUGUGCUGGAGGACCCGCUGCAGGCUCCUUGUGAACAUGCUUUCUGCAGCUCCUGCAUAAACAGUUGGCUGGUUCACCACCACAGCUGUCCUGAGGACCGCCAGCCACUGGAGGGCGCCCUGCUCAGACCGCUCUUUAGGUACAUGCGGAACGACCUGAGCCGGCUGCAGAUCCGCUGCCGGAAUCGGGAGCAGGGCUGCGAGAUGGUGUGCUCGCUUGAGUCCGUGGAGCGGCAUGAGCGAGAGUGCGAGUACAGCCUGGUGGCCUGCACAAACACAGGCUGCCCCCUACAGGUGGAACGCCGCUCUUUGCAGGCCCACCUGAGCACCUGCGAGUUCCGCAGCAGGGAGUGUCCUCAUGGCUGUGGCUACACCAUCCUCAGCUGCGAGGACGCCCAGCACAGCUGCGUGGCGGAGCUGCGCACCGAGUUGGAGCUGCUGAGGUCGGAGAUGAUCUGCAAGAUGGAGGAGGUGAGGCAUGAGAUGGAGUCCCGACUGGACUCCCAGAGGAGGCACAUGGUGCAGAAGGAGAGCCUGCUGAAGAGCGAGGUGGAGGAGCUGAAGGGCCAGCUGUCGCGGGUGAUGUCAGACGUGCGCGCCCUGCUGGGCGCGGAGCGGCUCCACCGGCAGGAGCUGGAGCAGGCCGAGCUGGAGAAGAGGGAGCUGUUGGAACUGCUGAAGAGCCUGCAGAGGGAGGGCCGGGCUCCUGGCACCGCGCCGGCCCAGGCUCCGCCCCCCGCCACGGAGGGCCUGCGCAGGCCUGCCAGCGGAGCCCAUGGGCUCACGCUCGACUGCAUGAAGAGGAAGUCCCGCGAGGUGACGGUCAUCUGAGGCGCUGCCGAGGCACGUGGUCACGUUGCCCCUCGCAGCUGUUCCCGUAUGACCUACAUUAUCUGCCACUCCCGCCUUUUCAACAAGAGCAAACACACAGUCAAGGGUUUAAUACGUUUUACUCUCUUCCGUACUGUUUAUACGUUUUUCUGUAAGUGCUUUUUUUUAUUGAACAGGGUGGUAUGUGGAUUGUUUUGUGCGUCAGUUGCACGAGGCUUUCAUUCAGUCUGCAAAAAUACACACACACACCUCGGCCAUCACUAGCAUUCAACCUUCUAACUAAAAGAGGUGUGUAUAUUAUUAGUGAGGUCAGUAUGAAUGUGGAAGCUGUGAUGUUCAGUGAGGUUUUCUGUCUGUUCGCCUCUAUAAUUUCCCGUUCGUUAACGAAUCGGCCUUAGCUAGUGUCAUCUCCUUUUGAUGCCUGUCUUGUUCUAUGCCUCUUCAGUUUAAAACCAAUGACUGAUCAGACUUUACUAAGAAAUAUGGCUUUUUUUCCUUCCCGUUUGUACCGCGGAAUACAAGUUGAAGGCUAAUGAGCAAACGUAGUUUGGUUUCGACGUGAGGGGAGUGCUUUGGAUUCCGUCACACAAACGAAGACCCGUGUCAUGGUCAUGAAGAUGGAGUCCUGUCGUCAACAGGGAAUUUUCUGAAAACAUUGCAGUUCAUGGUUCUGUUGCUUAGGUCAUCAAGGAAAUUUUGCAGUAUCAUAAGGGACUGAUAUGACAGUUCUGGGGAGGCAGUUAUAAAAAAAAUUAGUAUGUUUGUAUUUCUGUAUUUACAUUUUGCUUGCUUUAAAAAUAAACAAGGUAUUAAAUAGA